GCCCUGCCCGCCAUGGCCCGCAGCUGCGCGCUGCUCUCCUGGGCCCUCCUCGCCCUCUUCGCCCUCCUCGGGGCUGCUGGGGGAGGUCCGGCAAACUGCAUCCCCAUUGUGUCCCGCAGAGAGUGGGGGGCCCUGGCGUCCGAGUGCUCUGCGAACCUGAGACGGCCAGUGCGCUACGUGGUGGUAUCGCACACGGCGGGCAGCACCUGCGAUAACCCGGCCUCAUGCCGGCGUCAGGUCCAGAACGUGCAGCACUACCACGUGCGGACGCUGCACUGGUGCGACGUGGGCUACAACUUCCUGAUCGGAGAAGACGGGCUUGUGUAUGAAGGCCGGGGCUGGAACACCGUGGGCGCCCACUCAGGUCCCACAUGGAACCCCCUGUCUCUGGGCAUCUCCUUCAUGGGCAACUACAUGAAUCGGGUGCCCCCGGCCCGUGCCAUCAGGGCGGCCCAGAGUCUGCUGGCUUGUGGGGUGGCUCUGGGAGUCCUGAGGCCCAACUACGAGGUCAAAGGACACCGGGAUGUGCAGCCAACGCUUUCUCCAGGUGACCAGCUGUACGAAAUCAUCCAGAAAUGGCCACACUACCGCGCCUGAGCCCCGCUCCUCACACUGCUUCCCACCCCCACCCAACCCAUCAGAAGUCCUGGCGGCCUCCCCCUCGCCUCA